GUCGCGAGCUGGCAAGCACAACCCUCCCAGGAUACCCUCCGCACGUCCCCCCCGCCGGACAGGGCAGCUACUCCGCUCCAGCGCUGACAGGAAUGGUGCCUGGCUGCUUGGGGAGUGAGUUUUCUGGGAGCCCAUACAGCCACCCACAAUAUUCAACGUACAAUGACUCCUGGAGGUUUCCCAACCCUGGACUACUGGGCUCACCGUACUACUACAGUGCUGCAGCCCGCGGUGCAGCCCCACCAGCGGCCGCGGCUGCCUACGACCGCCACUGA